AUGAUUGCACCAGAGACCUCUCCUAAGCCACAGAUCUCAGCCUCUUCAUCCUCGCCUGCUGCUGCUGCUGCUGCUGCUGCUGCCGCCGCCACCCAGACAACACAAUUCCGGACCUCAGGGCAACAGCAGGAAUACUCCUGUCUUCUCUGUUCCGACCUUUGGACAUUCCAAGACCCGUCAGUCAACAAGUCGUCCUCGAGUGAAGAGGAUGUGGCCGCAGACCCGGAACCAAACUCCCUCCUAGACCCCUCCACCCUACUUUUCUCCUCCAUCCGUGAUGUAGUCAACCUCCGCGACUUUCACCCCCCGCCCAUGCACGCUUUCAUGCUGUGGCAAACCUUCCUCCAAAACGUCAAUCCCUUGUCCAAAGUCAUCCAUGCGCCCCUCGUUCAGCCCCAGGUCAUCGAGGCCAGCAAGGACUUCGAUUCGGUCCCUAAGCCCUCCGUGGCCCUGCUCUUCGCCAUCUAUGCGGCGGCCGUCAUGUCGCUCAAGGAGGAGGACUGCCGCAGCCAGCUGAACGGGCCCAAGACAGUCCUGCUUAGUCGGUAUUUUUCUGCCUGUCAACAGGCCCUGGCGGCCGCGUCUUUUAUGAAAUCUCGGAGCAUUGUCACGCUCCAGGCCUUUGUUGUCUUUUUGCUUCCCGCUCGGCAGAUCUACGAUGCCCAGACUUUCUGGCUUCUGGCCGGCAUUGCCGUCCGCUUGGGGCUGAGGAUGGCAGGGCAGGGCGGCCAUGGCCUCUCUAACGAUUCGGUGUAUAACUCGCAGCUGCGGAGGCGCCUCUGGCGGCAGAUUGUAUGGAUAGACGGGCGAAGUCAUUCACAGAUCGGGGUCAGACCGUCUCUGCAGGAAAUUCGCAUCUCUCCUUUGCCUGCGAACCUCAAUGAUGCCGACAUCAACCCUGACAUGGCUGAGAUGCCCAUGGUCCACAAAGGUCCAACAGAGAUGACUUUCUGCCUGUGUCGUUACGAGGUUGGUGAGUUCAUGACGCUUCACGCCAGAAAGCUGCAUGAUCCCGACGUUCCUGUCCGGACCAAAGACCAGCUCAUCGACCAAUUCGAGUCCCAUAUGGAAGACACAUAUCUCAAAUAUCUGGACUCAGCCAUUCCGCUGCACCUCAUGGCCGAAGGAGGCGUGCGAUCGGCCGUGUGCAAGUUGAGGCUGAUGGCCCACCACCCGGCCCAGUACAAGGGGAAAUCGAUGCCUCGGGCCGAGAGGGACAUGCUCUUCGCCAUCAGCGUGCAGAUGGUCGAGUACGACGUGUUGGGCAAGUCCACCAAGGCCCUCGACACCUUCUCGUGGCACCUCGACGUCGCCUUCCAGAUCGAUGCGUUCGUCUUCAUGCUCAUCGCCUCCCGUACCCAAGCCGCAGACAGCCCCAUGACCGAGAGGGCCUGGCGUCUCGUGUCAGACAUGUACAAGUACAGACCUGCCCUGCUGGAGGAUGGGCGGAACGAGCUGUAUGCGGCCGUGCGAGCUCUCACUCUGCGCGCGUGGGAGGCCCGCGAGGCGGAUAUCGCGCGCAAGGACCUCGACCCUCUCGCCGUGCCGAACAUCAUCAGCGAGCUACGGGAGCGAAAAUCAAGAAAAGCAAGGACUGCAUCCAUGGCGUCUAUCUUGGUCCCUCCCGAUGCGUCGGCUCUUCACCAGCUCGCCGGCGUCGCGACGCAGGUCGACACGAGAUACAACGACAUGAAUCAGAACUUGGCCUCCUCUCUCGGAGGCGGCAUAAACACGGGCACCGACGCGAUGGGAGGCCCGUUCAUACCGGACCUGGACCUGCAAUUUGACAGCAUGUUUAGCAAUCUCACAGCUGAUGUCGAUGUCACCGGAUGGGCGCCUGUGGACUGGGAUUAUUGGAAUGCUCUGCUGGAACGCAAUAAUGUGCUCCAGUGA